CUAUAAAGUGUGUAUCAAAUGGAGCUAUUUAAUUGCUAAGCGAACUAAAAAAGUUAAAUACUUGAUGGAAUGUCCUAUCUACGCAUCUGAUUAUGUUUUUUAUGAAGGACUAGAUUUGAUUGAUGAGACCACUCUGAGCACAUUAUUUCCAAACAUAAUAGUUUUUGAGAAUUCGAAUGGAGAUGAUAAAACAUUUUUUUCUAAAUGCAUGAAAGCAAAAGAUGCUGAAAAAGUUGGUUCAUUUGUCAGAAAUCAUGAAUCGUUGAAGGGAAUAAUCAAUUUCCUUGAUGUUCCAAUAGAAAAAUAUUGUGAUAAACUCGAAAUGCUAAGCACCCAUCAUAUUGAGCCAGAUAUCCUACAAAAUGGUUCCAAUAUGAGACAAUUGUACAUUGGGAAUGUUACUCUAGAUGAUUUCAAAAGAGUUGCUCAUUAUUUCCCGAAUCUGGAAAAACUACGUAUUAGAGAUGAAGGUGUUCAUCAUUUCAACAAAGGACCAGUUUUUGAAAAGCUUAAAAUAGCUGAACUUGACUUGUCGUCUCCUGAUGAGAUUUGUUAUGCUUUCCAGUUCAUGGAUUCAUGUCCAAAUUUGCAAAGUGCACAUAUUUACACAAAAGAUCAUCGCUUUUUUGUUGAUGGAAACUCGAAACUCGAAUGUUUGCAAGAUUUAGUUUUAUCUUAUAUUGGCCCUUCUCGAAUCGACUGGAAUGAUUUAAAAAGAUUGUUUAUGGAGUAUCCGAAUCUUAAACAUCUUAGGUUGGACAGACUGUGGAUGUACGAUGAACAUAUCGAGCAAUUGGUUCACAUUUUACCCGAAUUAGUACUUUUGCAUAUUCAUGAUUCUCCUAGAGUCACUCAAAGGGCUGCUGAUUAUGUUGAAAAUUAUUGUAAACGGUAUGGAAGAUCAAUCAAGUUUUACUUCAAUGAUGACGAUGACUACAAUCAAGUCGCAUCAGAAUGGCCUCAGUUGUCCACUGAAGAUGAAGAGUUUAGUCUAGGCUUUGAUUUCAUGAAACAUUGUUUUCUUAAAUAUUUCGAUGCCCUUCCCUAUUUCUUGAUUCCUAUUGAUUAUUGAGAACCGCAUACUUAUUAAUUUAUUUGUUAUUUUUAUACCUCGGAAGCCCAUUGUUUUAUCAAUAAAAUGUAUUCUACCAUCCUCAAA